UUUUAAUAUUAUGUGAACUCCAAACUUCUUAGCUAACAACUUUCUUUCUAGUGGAAGCGACUUGGCCUUAAAGGUCGUUUAGCCAAGACGAGAGAUGCUGAAUUGUUUGAUUUUAUUAUAAUAAGAUGAUAAACCGAAAGCUGACGACAGUGAGUUUAUCGGACAACUCGCAUAGCUCGUCAUGGAAUGGUGUUUUCCUCUUUACCGAUCCGUACUUCCAAUGAUAUGUACAACAUUUCGACCAUAGCGGAAAGCAACACGUCGAAAGCAUUGGAAGCAGUCUGUGUUCCAACAGCUACAUUUAGCAUGUCAAACGAAACUCGGUACAACCAAAUACCACAUUCCUUGCCAGAUAUAUUGUUGAAGUUUUGUUGCCCUUUACUUUACAAUAUAAUACUAAUUGUGUAGAAAAAAUCAUCAAUACCGUAAUUAGCAUUGCGGCACCUAGAGUUCAUGCCGCUUUAACUUAUAACAAGUAUCGCUUGCACUUGCUUCCAAGCCCUAAUGAGGAUUUAGAGUGAUUCCGAGUAAGCCACCGACUACCACUCGCUUUAAUCGGCGCCGGCCGUGGCACGCGCAUCGAAGUGAAGCGCAACAAGUAUAAAUAUGCCAGCAGUGGGUGGAUCCUCAAUCAUUGUAGUGUGCAACAUUGGAACGAUCGGAAGGACAGGAUGAAAAGCAUUGUGUUAACUCUUCUGGUGCUAGUGACGUACAGAUGUUCGGCGGAAAUAGCAUCUCAACGCGCGGCUCCUACGAAACGGAUCAUUCCACUGGGAACUACGGAACACGUGAUUUCGGCACACACGUUUGACACCAAGAACCCGGAACCAUGGGGAAACAAGCAGUUUAAAGAGAUCACCAUUACCAAAAACGUACCAGUACCGUAUCCAAUCAAGGUUGAGCGACAUGUAGCCGUUCCAGUGAAGAUCCCGAUCCCAAUUGCAAUCCAUAACAAGAUACCGAUCGUGGUCGAGCGCAAGAUCCCGGUGUACGUGGAAAAACCGAUACCGGUACAGGUGGAUCGUCCCGUACCGUAUGCACUGCCCGUCGAAGUUCCCAUAUUCCACAAGGUCGCUGUGGAAGUGCCAAAACCAUAUCCGGUUCACGUCCCGAAACCCUACCCGGUGUACAUAAAGAAACCGAUCUUUGUGAAGCAGAAGAUGCAGCACCAGAAAAGCAACGUCAAUCGGGUGAAGAAAAGCCCCAAGCAAAGCCUAGUGGCCAUGGCGACGAAAGUUUAAGUGUCGAUGAACCGGUUAUUUCAACCGGUUCGUGCUGUCAUUUCAUCCAUGUUGGAUUGUUAUUGUUAUUUGUUUAACUUACUACAAUAAAAAAAGCAUAGCAACAAACGGACUGUCUAGUGCGCGGUAAUUGUUGCAUUACAUACCUACUUCUUGUCUGGAGCAUUUGUUAAGUAGUUAAUCGUUGCUUAUUUAGUUUGUGUAUAGUAAAAUACCGGAUCUGUUGGGCGUCGCUCGAUGAAAAAUGGUAACCAUUGCAAUGGUCUAUGCACACAGCAAAUUAGUCUCUUCAAGUUCAAGUACCUCAUCGUUGUGAGUGCAAAUAUUGUUUCGUCACUCAACCAUACUUUUCUCCUAGCCAUUGCCGCGACUCCUACCCCGCCAACGAAAUGCGAGUGCGAAUUCAUUACGCAAAGUGCUAAUUAACUCGCACACGCACGAUACCCUCGGGGAGGCAACUGCAUCCUGCCGGGCUUUGGUUCAACCGAAGUAGUACGUCUUGUGGCACACUCCCACACCUUGUCGACGAUUUGGCGCUCAAUUUUCUUCCGUUGCGCCUCAAACCGGAACAACUCACCGAUCCGCGAUCUAAGUAAUCCGAUAAACGGGCCGAUCAAACUUCAAACGGAAGUGUUCAUGCUCACGGCUUCGAAACCUAAUUUCUUCUCUGUCGGUAAUUAAAUCUACCGAACCAUCGAUGGCGUAACACUGAACACUGUUGGGCAACAUAAACAGAAGGUGAGGGGAAAUUAGGACAUGCUAGAAGCUGUUCUGUCGCUGUUGAUACACACUUUACUGUAUACCAUAUUUCCCUCGACUGAUUGUUGGUUGUGCUUUUUCGAGUUUCCUUCGGACUGCCUCAAGCAUGUACGAAAGAACAGCAGCUCGACCGACUUACUGGACAAUUGCUAAGAGCCUCUUGGUGGCCAAUGUUUUUAGGAAUUUAAUUAAACAUUGUUCUAUUUCUGCUACCAGAAAUACGAACAGGCACCAACCAAACGUUACGAGUUUCGAAAUUUUCUUUAAUAGUUUGAAUCCAACGCUUUUGUAGAUGGGGUAGUUGAUACUGAAAUUUUUCAGGUAAAUAAUUUUAGUUGAAUUUAACAUGAAAUGGAGUAGGAAUUUGUUGCGUAUUUCAAAAUGCUAUAAAAUACAAUUGGCCCUUAUAAAUGGGAGGCACUAAAAUUAUGGGUUACAUAAAUAUUGGUUUAGUGUUCGUUUUAAUUUGAACUGUCAUAAAACUCAAAAUGCUUUUGCUAUUUUCAUCAGCAGUGCCAAUAUCCAUAAAACUCGGACGCCUCUAAACGAUUAAGAUCGUUUCUAUAAACAUUAUCAGAGUCCAGGGAAGACACUACGUCGUCAAUCAUAACCGAAAUGCUGCCGGUUCAUGACGGAUCAUUUCAAUUCCACCGGACGUAUAGUACGCCAUUACGGGAACUACUUUGCCAUUUAAUUCUUGGCACGGGUUUUGUCAAAUCGUGCGGUUAGCUAAAUUGUGACCAUUAUGCAAAAAGCCUCAUCUUGCUGGCGCUACUUGAUGUUAUCUCUAUACGGCUACGCACGCACACAUCUUCAUUUUCUCUGGUCGAUUAAGUUUUCACCCUCGGUCGAGAUAAAUUUCAUCCGCACACGGUUGCCACAUGGAAGUCCGGUGGCCACUUAACUCAAAUAUUGCUCCUAAUUAAACCCGCUUAUUCAUAAAUACUAUCGCACGUCCCCGCACGAACCAUUGCGCUACCGUGCGGCCAGUAUCAAUCGUUAUUGUUAUUGAAAUUAGCAUAAUUUUCUGCAAUAAACUAUAACUUAAUUUAACGCUAAAAUUCCCAGCAAUGCCCGUGGGAUGAUGAUGACCCCAAUAUCAAUAUAUGUUAAUCGUUAUUGGGUGACCAUAUUCGUUUUUCGGCAGCCCGGCAGCCACAUACGGUUCGGUGCCG